UACAAAAAAUUGCUAUAUAUACAUGUAUAUAUAUUACCAUCGCUCUAUAUAUAGAUCAAGCACCUCUUGUCAUUUUCUCCCCACAAUGCAUCGCCAUGUUGAAAAACAAUCUCACCCUUUAAAAUAAAAAUGAGGAAUAUGACAGCUUACAAACUGUUGUGCGACGAAAAAGAAAAUGAAAGCGCGAUUCCAGUGUAUAUUCAGCUGGCCCUAGGCGCCCUUGGAAAUAUUCUGGCGGUAAUCAUAUUGUUUGUUGGCCGACACGAGCACCAAUGGCAGUCUUUUUACAUCUUUUUCACUGGACUUGUGCUCACCGAUUUGGUUCACAACGGUGUGUGUUAUCCCUUAGUUCUACUAAGAUACAUUUCAGACUUCACGUGGUGCUUUUCCGUAAAAUUGUGCAAUUUUCACUCUUUUAUGGAAACAUUUUCACAUUUGGCAUCUGGAAUGAUUAUUGGGGCCAUGACCUUAGACAGGUAUCUCUACCUCAGAGCAAUACACACGCAGACCCAAGAAUACGGCGCUCAAAGAAAACCUUAUGUCGCUUCACUUUUUGCUAUAAUUCUUUUAGCAAGCAUAAUUUCAAGUUUCCAUCUCCUUGGCUUAGGAAACAGCCAGCUUUAUUAUCCAGGAUCCUGGUGUUUUCUUGACUUUACCGAUUCGUCGAUCGGAAAUAAAAUCAAUGCUGGGAUAUAUUCCGUGUUUGGUCUAUGCAUCAUGAUGGCAGUGUUCGUUAUCGGUGUGAAAACGAUCGUGGUCACGUGUAGAAAUUCCGAGUACCAAGCAUUGCUACUCGAUCACCAUCGUGUGACUGGGAUUUACGACAACCACGUGAGAAAGUUCCUGGUCAUUUCAAUGGUGACCUUUCUUUUGCUGUGGAGUCCCCUUCUGUUUGACAUCCUUUUCCAUAUCUGUGGAUUAUCAGAGACCAACAGUAGAAAGGAACUAUGGUUGAUUCGAUUAAUGUACCUAAACACUCAAAUCAAUCCCUGGCUCUACGUCAUACUGCGCAGAGAAAGUCUGCGCAGAUUUUUUGUGUUGAUCUUAAAAUGCAAACGGUGUCUUUGUGAAAAAGAGGAACAGACGACAGGACAGGACUCACAGGACUCGGGGUUUUACCAGUGAAAAAAAAGGAUGGCUAAUACGUUCUUUUAAGAUGGCGGGGUGGCCGUGGCCAUUUUUGGGUUAUGUAAUUUUUGAAGAAUAUUGGUAUAGGAAAAUGUCAGAUUUUGAAGCCAAAAUAAUUGGGUUUUUUCUUUACUGAAUAAUUGUUAAUGAUCAAAUUACAGUGUGUUAUAAUAAAAAGUUUAAGACAGAUCGGAUGUGUAAUUUAUUGAUCGUUCAGCCUCCUUAAAAUAUCCCUCUCGAAAUGUUCCUUUUUGUGAAUCUGGUUCCAAUUAAGAAAAUUUCUUAAAAUCAUCCGUUUGAAAUACUCUUGUUGAAAAUUGCUCCUCUUUGUUUUGUUAUUGGUUGUAUCUAUGAUAGUACAUGUAGUGCGAACAUCGCUACAUUCUUAUAAAUUAUUUUCAGAUUUAUGAUUUUUUUUUUCGAAAGGUAACUUUUCUCCUAUGAAGAAACUUUUUUUAAAGGUUAUUUAUUAUAACGUGUUUUCUUUUAUAAAGACACCUUUUAAAUGAAGUGUUUCUUUAUACAAAUAAAUGUGUAUGAAAACAUUAUGUACUGUCUGCAGUUAAUUCAUAUUUAUUUUACAGACAUCAAAGAAAUAAUUUACAGAAAUCAAAACAAAACAAUAGAAAUACGUUGGCUACAUAUGCUUUUUGGGUGAACACUUCUUGGGGCGUGUUAAAAAUAUUCACAAAAUAAUUUAUUUUAACUGAUGAUCGGAUUAAUAAAAAAACACACUUUAACCAUUUUAUUCGCCAUUUCCACAGUUUCUAUGUUUUGUACAUCUGUCCUUUUCAUGCUACACACGUCUACAACAUGUGACAUGAACAUGGAUAUAGAAUGGCAAAAAACAAACCUGUUAACACAUGAUCUUAUAUUCAUUAUGAGGCUAGCAGGCGGUGAGGCCAUUGUUUAAACUGCAUCUAACCUCCACAUGCUCCAGUAAACUUCAAAUUUAGGCACAUUUCCGUUGUCAAAAUUAAAAGUUUUUUGACAUUGUCGCGGUUAAUUGAUCGAGCAUCAAUGAUAUUGAAACAGACAGUGCAUGCACGGAUCAAUGAGUAUGUAUUACGCAAGUAGAUUAAAAAUACAUAUUCCGUCAAUUGUUUGAUACAGUUUUGUGUUGAACUUUUUCUAAAGUUGUCCUAAUGAGAAAAUAAUAUGAAAUUCAUGUCCUGUAAUUUGAUAUAACUGCAAACGUUUUUCAAGUUACUAUUAAAAUUAUCAUCUAUUAAAGAGGUUCACUCCUUAGGUUUUGGGUAGCCAUUUUUAGUCACCUAUAGUCUGAAAAUUCUGCAUCACAUAUCAAUUCUAGUAUUAUAUUUAUAUUUUACAAUGCCAAAUAAACUAUAUUGAAUAAAAUUGUUUUUAAAAAUUACAUUUUUACAUAGUUUAGUAAGGGACCAUAUUUUGUGGCGGAAGGUUUUCAAGAAGGAAAUGACCAAUUUUCAUAACUCACUAGUUUUAGAGUACAUGUAUUGUUACUUUAGCUUCCUAAUUUUCAGCGCAGACCAAACUUCUAGAUAGCUUGUGUAUAAUGAUAUAUUCAUGAUAUUCUGAAAAACAUAUUAAAACAAUUUUGAUAUUUCAAUCGAUAUAUUUGACAUAUUUAGCUUGUAUUCCAUAAAAGUUAAGAAAAAAUUAACUCCAAUUUUGGCCUUAAAUUAGCUUAUUUCAUGCCAUAUCUCAAAUUUUUGAAAUGUGACCCCUACUUGUUUUACUUUCAAAUGAGACAAUAAAUGUACGUCUAUUUGUGUGCAAAGUUUUGGAAAGAUAACAUACUAAAUGUAUAUUUUUUUUUAUUUACGUUAUAAUUUGAUUACUCCAAAAUUUUGUAAUAUCUGUUGUUUUGUUCAUUGUGUACUGGCCUUUGAAGCCACCAGUAAAGCAAGAAUUUUUAAACUUUGACUUAGACUUUACUUUUAUAGUGUGCUCGACUUCAUACUGUAUUAAAACCAUAGCUAAAUAGUAAUAGUUCAAAUUAUGAAUAUUUGUUUGAUUUCUUCAAAUCAUCAAUUUCUAUGUCAAAUCUUAGCAAAAACUUCCGGAGAAUAAUCAUUUCUGUUUGGGGCCUUUUAUUUUAAAAAAUGGCCUGGGACAUGGGUCACAAAUUAAAUAAAUGACCAUUUUAGGUCCCCAUCUUUAUAUCUAAGUGGUUUUCGAAUGAUUGACAUUACUAUUAUUUCAGGAGCCAACCUCCUCAAUUAGUAAGUUCGCUUAAAUUUCCUUCCUAAGAAUCAAGUAUUAAACAACAAUUGAACGAAGCCUUCAUCUGCCAAUAUAACUCGCAGUUAUUGUAUGAUUUUCCUUUGGCUCUACCUUUGUUAUUUAAUUGUAGAACGACUGUCACUUAGACACAAAGACACUAGCAAGUCACCAAGACACAAGUUACAGAGGCAGAGUUAAAAACUGAAUGAUCUAGCUCACAAUUCUGUUGCUUUCCGACAAAGCUCAAAUCCCUGGUCUGUAGAACUCUUACCGAAGAGUUUCACCAGACGACGGUUUUAGUCGUUCACCGACAGAAGACUGAUUAAGAAUAAAAAGGUGACUGUAUAUUAGUAUAUACCCAGCAAGUUAUUAUUCUAACAAUCGCCAAGCAACGUAUUUUUGAUAAUUUUAAACAGUCUCUUCUAGCUGACAUAAAUGCCUCUUCCAAAUGUACAAUCUAUAAAUAUUUAGUUGAUCAUUGUACCUUGCA